CUCUUCAUCUAUAAGAUGAUGAAACAAUGUAUUAAACUGAUGGAGGAAGUAACCGGAGCUCUCUGUGCUCAGCACUCCGCUUUUAUUUUGACAGGUGUAACCGGAAGUCUCUCUCCGUGCAGCUUGACUCGGGUCCCUCCUCAGCAUCACCGCAGCAUCCGCCUCCCCCCUCCCUGGACACGGGACCAGACUCUGACCCCCCACAAACCUCGACGGCCCGGGACAAUGGACGACGUUCCCCCGAUCAUCAACAUCUCCAUCUCCCUGCGGAUCCAGCCCAACGAGGGGCCCGUGUUCUUCAAGGUGGACGGGACCCGGUUCGGCCAGACCCGGACCAUCAAGCUGCUCACGGGCUCCAAGUAUAAGAUCGAGGUGGUGGUGAAGCCUGGAAACGUCGAGGCCACCAACAUGAACAUCGGAGGCAUCAUCUUUCCUCUGGAGCAGCAGUCCAGAGACGAGGAGUCGGUGGUUUAUCACGGCCAGUACGACACCGAGGGCGUCCCGCACACCAAGAGUGGAGACCGGCAGCCCGUCCAAGUCAGUAUGGAGUUCAACAAGGCGGGGACGUUCGAGACGGUCUGGCAGGCAAAAUACUACAACUACUACAAGAGGGAGCACUGCCAGUUCGGCAACAAAUUCAGCAGCAUCGAGUACGAAUGCAAGCCCAACGAGACGCGGACCCUCAUGUGGAUCAACAAGGAGGCGUUCAACUGAGUCAGCUCGUCUUAACACCGUCCACACACACCGAGUACCGAGCAGAGGACGUCAGUCAUACCAGGACUACCUUUGAACAUCAGCAUCACAAUAAAAAGGACAGCCUUUUUCCCUGAAGGUGUGCAUCAAGUCAGCGAGGGUCUGGUAUUUGUGUUGUGUUUGCAGAAAGGGAGAGGAAGUAGCUGUUUGCUAUGCUGGUCUUUAAAAGGUUUUGCUUUAAAGCUGCACUCGGCAACGUUGCUUUUUACCAGCAAAAAGGGAAGAAUUUGAAGAGCAUUGGUAAUAUUCAGAAAUCACAGAGAGGUGAGUUCACUGCACACAAGACUUAAAAGUGCAGCUUUCACGUACGGUAUUUUGCUCUGACGUUGCUUCCUGUGUGGGUCGACCUCUUAGUGAUCAAACAUCUUGAGUUUAUUUCCUAAUUUUGCUGGUACGAGAACCGAGAGAAGCUCCAAAGGUUGCAGAGUGUAGCUUUAAAGCAGGGGUGGACGGGGUUAAAGGAACAAUCAGAUAUUUUGAGCUUGUUCGACAUCUUCCUAAAAAAGACUGAUGUACAUUUCAAGUCUGUGUCUCCAGGACAGAGACUGAUCAAGGAUGUGUUUAACUUAGCUUAGCUCAAAGACUGGAAUCAGGGGGAAACAGCGUUCAGCGAAGCGCAGGACAAUUCAGCUAGCUAGGCUAAGAACUACAGCAUUAAUGAAAACCAUCAAGAUAAUAAUCGAGUCAAAGUCCCACUCACCUCCCUCGUAGACAAUGAUAGUGACCCACAGUUGGAGCUUUUCUGCAGUUUGGAUCAACAUGAAACUCUCAGUGCAAACGAUGAAUGACUGAGUGACCUCUGAUCAAGCAGUAGCAAAAUUUAAAUCCAGUAUUUCAGAUUGUACCAGUCACUGCUACAGCUAGCACAGUGGAUGUGACGUAAGAGGAGCAGAGCAGCUUGUUCAACUUGAGAGAACGUCAUGUGAUCGAAGAACCUGAAGUUUUAUGGAAGCUGUAUUUGUGCAUUUUUUGAUGGCGCUAGGCUAGGCUAACAGUUUCCCCCUGCUUCCAGUCUUUAUGCUAAGAUAGAACGCUAGUAGACCUUUCUCUGUACUGGACUUGAAAUUCACAUCAAUAUUCUUUUAACUCUCUGGAUAAGAAAAUAAACUCGUGUUGUCCCCAAAAUGAUCCAGUUGUUCCUUCAGUAAAAUAGAUCAAUACCCCUCGAUAACUAAAAUUUAUCAUAGCACAAGUUGUGAGGACCUGAGUGCACCAGCUAGCACAGUGUUAGCUGAAGACCAGGAUGGACGACACCUGUGGAAGAAUUUUACCUUAUUUAUUAACUGUGUGGAUGUGAGGGAGCCGAUGAAUGGGAGCGUGUACAUCAUCGUUAUCGUUUAGUUAUGUGUUGUGUUUAUUUAAAGGAGAAAAAAAAAGCUAAAAACAGUAAACACAGUUUGAGAAGACAGUUAGCGGUGAGGUUAUUCCUCCAUUAAAUAGUUUGGUCCAUGUUGCUUGACUUCAUGUUCAGAUGUUUGGCCUCAGAAAAUAUUUAAACAAUCAAAAGCUAAUUAGAAUAUGUUGGGUUCAGUGAGUCCUUCAGAAUAAAAGCCUGACCUUUAACUGAUGUACAGGUAAACAUCUGUGAUAUAGAAAUACAGAAACAGAAAUGUUGGCUGUGUUGUUAUGGAAGUAACUUUACAGACACUGUGAGAUCAAACAGGAUGAUGGUGGAUUUUUCCUGUAACGGAUGAAGCUGGUUUCACUUUAUGUUUUUAUUCAACAAAUCUCAUGUACAGAUCAAAACCAACAGUGUGUGGACGUAAACUUUCAAAAACACCUCACAAAUACCUAGUUUAGUUUGUUUAAAUUUCAGCUGCUCACUGUAGCUCCUGUAAAACAAAAAAGAAAUAGUUUGGGACUAUUUUCAGCAGCGGAUUAAUCCACAUUUGGUGCUGAAGUGAAUAUUUGUGGCAGCAGGACGUCAGAUGUCUCAGAGAUAAUCAAAAAUGUCAGGUUGUAUUUGGUAGUGGGAGACAUUCACUGUUUUCUGUUGAUCAUGAGUCAAAUAUAAAAUCUGAGACGUCUUCAUCUUCAGACGUUCUGUCUAUGUUUUCACACUCGGUGCUUCAUUCUGUUUGUUUCUUCUUGAAGUGCAUGGCUGGAUUCAUUUUGCCAAAUAAGAUCAGUUUGUUUGUUUGUUUUGUUACGACGUGUCAGUGCUUGAACCUCGUUGUUUUGUUACGUACUGAACUGAAGGAGAAUAAAGUGUCUUUGUGAAUAAACCGGUACAGAACCAA